UUGUGAUAUACUGGUUCUUAAGCUCGGUCUUUUAUUGGCUAAUGUUGGCUAGUGCAUCACUUAAUGCAUUCCCCCAUUCCCCCAUCCCCCAUCGUCAUUAAUGCAUCUUGAGUUCGCCUAAGAAAGGUAGCCUCACCUCACCCCAACCGCCCUGCCGCCUGAACUUGCUGACUUGAUUUUUGUCAAUCCAUUUGCCAAUCCUAUCCCUUACCUUCGAAGGUCCCCCCCCUCCUAGAUAUUCCUCUCCUAGGUUACUGGAUAAUCAAGACUGAAACCCACGAAUACUAUCAAAAGUCUCGAGCGAUCAGCUACAUUCUACAUAGAUUGAGUGUCUCGAUACAUCAUUCACGAUGGCGUCCUCCUCGACACCUCAAACUCCACUUCUCUAUUCGUGCAUCGCGCAUCAUACUACCAUACUAGCUGAAUGUACGACUUCGGCCUCGUCGCAAACCUCGUCGCUCGCCUCCCUUAUUCUCCCCAAGAUCAACCACGACACUCCUCAGAAGCUCACGUACACGCAUGGCUCGCACCACAUCCACUACAUAUCGGAAGCGCCCUCGGCGCAUCCGGGCAACCGGUCGGCCGGCGGGUUGACGUUCCUCGUGAUCGCGGAGUCGUCGCUGGGCCGGCGCGUGCCCUUCGGCUUCCUAUUCGAGAUCCGCAAGCGCUUCUUCAACGAGUUCUCCGCGGAGACGGCCGACUUUGCCGACAUGCCUAACUAUGGCGCGGGAAGCUUCAAUGCCGAGCUCAAAAACCUGAUGGUCGAGUUCGGCACCACGAGCGGUGGCCGCGACGAUGCCAUCACCAAUGUCCAGCGCGAGAUCGAUGACGUCCGUGGCAUCAUGACCCGCAACAUCGAGGGUCUACUCGAGAGAGGCGAGCGCAUCGACUUACUUGUUGACAAGACAGACCGCCUCGGUGGCAGCGCGCGAGAGUUCAGAGUGCGCAGUCGCGGUCUCAAAAGACAGAUGUGGUGGAAAAACGUCAAGUUGAUGGCGCUGCUCAUAGUAGUAAUCCUCUUGAUCAUUGUCGCGAUUGUGAUUACAGUCAAGAAUGCUGCGGGAUGAGUCGGAAGUACAGCAGCGUGCAUGUAUACGUUCUUUGAGAGCUAGGGGAUAUCCAUGCGCG